CCAGAACUCGAGAAAGGGGAGGGACACGCCGCAGUGUAGGUGACCCACUUCAUUUAUUUACUUGAAGCGGGCGGCUCAGCAGCAUAAAUAGUGGUACUUGUAUCCCUUUCCUCCUCUUCACCACCAAUCGCAUUUCCUCUUCCGCAUCCAAGUGUCUAACUUGUGCUCUAACACCCUUGUUUCCUGACUUCCUAUUCUGUCACUUUCCUGGUCCAACCACAGGCCAAGACCGCGUCACUCAGCAUAUCUUCACCAUCUCAAUCCGAUCCAAUGACGGACCAAACCUUCUCCUCAUCGAACGCUCUAUACAAUGAGCACGAAUACGAGAACCUCAAUUUCGGCACUGCUGUCGACAAUCGAUGGCACCAGUACGGAGUUCAGCAAGAAAACGUUCCCAAACCUGAACCUGAGCUCCAGCCCGGGUUUGGAAUGUAUCCUCCCGAAAUGUAUCAAAACCGCGUUGCACUUGGGCCAGCUCCCAACGUGGACUACAGAAUGGCUCCCAUGUUUGGUGCUGGCGGGGCACAAUAUGGACAACAACAAUACGGCCAAGCUUAUCUGCAGAACAUGAUGAGGCCUGCAAGUCUUGCUCCCCUACCUAACACUUAUGUCCCUCAGUCGGGUAUGGUCAUGGGCCCGAACCCUCCACAACAUUAUGGUGGAUAUGCCCCGGGCCCUCAGGCUAUGGGUGUCAUGCCGUCUUACUCUCCUCCAGUGCAGACUACUUUCGCUCCUGCGAUGACCGCGAACUCUGGAGUCGCAGGUUCCCUCCCGCAGGUGCAGGCCGCCGCGGGCGCUUUUGACGUUCCAGUCAUGCAAGCGCAACUGCCCGGACCCUCCGAGGCGGUAAACAAUUAUCUGGCUUCGCACACACUGGAAGAACUUCAGGCGCUGCUCAUGCAGCAGCACCCUGGUCACAACCAACAUUUCGACCAGGGACUCAUGCCCCAAUUGCCAUCUGAAGGCGCAACUGAGGGGGGCUCAGUGCGGCGCACCACCAAGAGCAAGGGCAAGGGCAAGGCGGUGAAUGGUAAUGGGGCGGCACGAAAGACGACACCGAGACAACGCUGCAUUCGCCCUGAGGACGAUCCAGAAUUUGAACAGAAACUCGACGAUGGCGUGAUCAAGUACAAAUGCUUGAGACGUCACUGCACAGAAGACCUUCUCAAGCGAAGCAGCGUGCGCGAGCACAAGAAAUCAAACAUACAUAACCAGCGUAACAAUCACUUGCUGUGCCUAGCCUGUGGCUCCUAUUUAAGUCGCAAUGAUGGGCUCAAGCGUCAUGCGAAAUCUAAGCAGUGUGCCAGGAACCAGGAAAAAAAGAUGUUCGCCAGCACCUCCGCGGCACCACUGCCAGUCACCGAACCCCAAUGGCGAUCCACAUUCAAGGGGAAAACACGGGAGACCCAGGCAUCCCCGCCCUCAGUUGUAAUCGGGCCGAACUUUGCUUCCGGCUCUGGCGCGCAACCCAUUGUUCAGACCCCAAGACUGAACUCAGUGACCAAGAAUGCCUCAUCCUUCCCUGUUUUCGCGCAGGACACUAUAUCCAUGACCGACGCACUUUUCAAUGUCCAGGCGCCACAUGUACCACACUCUACGCCCCACUAUUCCUCUGAUGUGCCUCCCAUGCCUGUUACGGCGCAAGACUUCUCGAUCUUCGAGGAGGGGGAAGAAGACACGGACCUUUUUGGUUCACCUGUCAUGGAUACCGCGCAAGACUUGUCGAUCUUCGAGGACUCUGAGGAGGAAGAAGAAGAAGACGUGGACCUUUUUGGUUCACCUGUCAUGGAUACCGCGCAAGACUUCUCAAUCUUCGAGGAGGAGGAGGAGAAGGAAGACACGGACCUUUUUGGUUCACCUGUUAUGGAUACCGCAGCUCUCCCGCUGUAA